GAGGUGAACAUACUUGGGAUGAGCACACAUUUACAAAUGGAAAUAUAUACUUGGGAAUUGGAAAACCAGCCAUACAGCACAAAACUAUUUUAAUCUUCAAUGAAACAGGAGAACUUCUUGAUAUGUGGGGUGAUGAUUUGUUUCGAAAAAUAGCAACAUUUUAAUUUGGUUUUGCAAAUCCUGUCCCAUCCCUCUCCGGCACUUUACCUACGGACGCGUGCGAGCGAGAUCGUGUGGUGACAUCGAGACGAAAAAAUAUGGCUGAACAACCGCGCGCGCGCUUCGUGUCUUUGUUAUGUUAAAUACGUAAAUAAGUGAAAUCGUUGGUGUUUCUCAUCGCGAAGUGGUACGAGUCUGCAGCAAGGACUACAUAAAGGUAUUGUGCAUCCUUCCUUUAACGCAGAACUGCCGCUUCUUAUCGUUUCUUCCCGCAGUCUGUGUCCUUCAUUUGCAACGACCAAAUUUCAAAUAUUUCGUAGUUUGCUUAUCUCGCGUCUACAUUUUUUGGUCCAAACGAGCCGGAUUCGUAUUAAAUCAGCGCCAACCAUUGCCUAGGUUACCUAAUUUACUUAAUAUAAUUAGAACCGCGUACCAAGUAGGUACUUCGAAAAAAUAUCGCUUUCCUGCUUUCGUUUUAAAUAUCGUUUUCGUUUACAUUCUUACAAUUAAUUCACUUAUUUACAAUAUCAAAUUAGUUAGAUAGAAAACCCGCGUUCUGGUUUCUUAUAUUAUUACUUUGUUAGAUCACCGGUCGAGCGUACGCCUCGAGCCGGCCGCAUACAUUAGUUUUAGGUAUUCAGUGUAGGUUCCCCGUGUGGUGUCGGGCACCUUACGUAGAAUAGCACCACUCCCGCCUCUUCCUGGGAUAUCGUAAAAGGCGAUAGAUAGGAAACGCCAGGCGACGGGUAGUAGCGUAUUCCUGUGUGCUAAUAACACCCGCCGCUUCGAAUAUGAUCUUUAGUUUUACUAUAAAAUAUUUAUUAACAUUUGUACUAUUCGCAUAAAUUUGUACUCGUAGGUAGGUGUUUACCUUUCCCGCCGCUUCGAAUAUCGUUAGUUUGUUAAUUUGAAAUAUUUAUUUUACGUUUAUCUUAAAAUGGCACCUUCAGAUACUAAUUUAAAGAUGUUAUAUGCCAAAAGAGAUAGGAUAUUCUCCCGCAUGCAAAGCAUUUCUAGCCAAGUUAGAGAUAUGGAUUCAAAGUCAUUCAACGCUGACGCUUUUUUGUGCGACUUUGAAACAGUAGAUUCAUUGCGUGAAGAUUUUGAAGGUGUGCUCGAUAAAAUAAUCUUGUUGGAGUUAAAGGCUAAUCCCGAUUAUUUAGUUAAUUAUCAACCUCUUACGGCGUUUGAAGAUCUCUUAGGCUGCGUGAAACGAGCUGCCAAAAGGUUACAAUCGCAAUCGCAAACGGGGGAUCACGUUACGCUGGCUGGUCAUCAUAGGAUUCCGAAACUACCCCCAAUAGAAAUUCCCGAAUUCAAUGGCGAUAUAAAAAACUGGCCUUUGUUUAUCUCUAGCUUUCGGAAUGUCGUACAUAAUAAUACAUCGUUAACGGACUCUGAGAAACUUUAUUAUUUGAUAGGCAAAUUAACCGGCAGGGCUCGUUCCAUAUGCGCGGGAAUUACUCCAAGCGCCGAAAACUAUUCGUUAAUUUUUGAUUUAUUAAAUAGCAAAUACGAAGAUAAACGUCUAUCUGCUACUGCGUAUUUAGAUCAAUUAUUUGAAUUUAAACCUAUCUCUUCUGCAAAGCCUAGUAAUUUAGAAUUAUUUUUGGACAAGUUCGCAUCGUCAGUAGCCGCUUUAAAAAACUUGAAGGUCAAUGACCUAUCGGAUUUUACAUUUUUGCAUGUAGCGCUUCAAAAAUUAGACACAGACACUGCCCGUGCGUUUGAAUCCUAUCAGCGCUUAAAUAAUAAGGGAUGCGAAAUACCAUUGUUUGUAGAUCUAGUGUCUUUUGUUCGUGAUCACAUAAAAGUAUUAGAGCGCACGUCAUCGGUUCCCAAGGCUGCCAACAAAAGGCAGUUUGACUCUAAGUUGUCAUCUACACAGGCUUAUACAUCUAGUUUAGCGGUAGGCAGCGGCUUGGCUCUGCCCCUGGCAUUGCUGAAGUCCAUGGGCGACGGUAACCACUCACCAUCAGGUGGGCCGUAUGCCCGUCUGCCUACAAAGGCAAUAAAAAAAAAAAAAAAAAAAAAAAAAAAAGUUCUGAGUCAACGGUAUGUAGUCUGUGUCGUGACAAACAUGAUCACAUUUAUAAAUGUAGGGUUUUUAAUAGUUAUAAACCGAAUGAGCGGUUUCAAUUCGUCAAAUCGAACAAUUUAUGUAUAAAUUGUUUAAGUAGCGGUCAUCGUGUUUCCGCGUGUAGGUCGUCCUCUUUAUGUAAAAAAUGUAAUUCUAAGCAUCACACUUUAUUAUGUUUCGGAAAUGAACCCGUCGCGAGUAAAGCGCAUUCGAAUGCUAGACGCACGCAGUCACCGGGUACACGAGCAUCGGCUGUCGCACGGCCCUCCAUGCCUUCUUCGGUAGGCUUAAAUUUUAAUGAUGUGGGCAUUGCUCCAGCUCGCGUCAGCACGGAUGACGUAACGCUGUGCACUUUAUCGAAAGGUUAUAACCGCAUCUUACGCAGUCCUACUACGGUACUAAUUGCGACCGCACGUGUAGUUAUUAUUGAUUCACGUGGUAGGGAGCAUUGUGUACGCGCGUUGUUGGAUAGCGCGUCUCAAAGCAAUUUUGUCACUCGUGAUUGUUGUCUACGAUUGGGUUUGAACAUAAAUAAUAGACCUGCUUGUUCCGUAGUAAAGGGAAUAGGAGGUUCUAGCAAAACAAUUGAAGGUUCUGUAGAAAUAAAAUUUUAUUCUCGUUUCGAUCGUAACGUAAAUUAUACUAUGGAGUCGUUAGUAGUAGAUAAAAUUACUGAACGUUUACAGACUACCACAGUUGAUGCCUCUCUUUUAUCGAAUUUCGAAGACAUAGCAUUGGCAGACGAUACUUACUUUAACCCAGGCCCGAUCCAACUGUUGAUUGGAGCUUCGAUUUUCCCGCAUCUGCUCUUAUCGAACAAGGUUCAAGGACGGCCUUCGCAUGCCUCGCCGAUCGCGUUAGAGACUAUCCUCGGUUAUGUUAUUGUUGGUGACGCUCCCGUUCGUGUAGCUAGCAACGAGAGCCUUUCAUAUUGCUGUACCGGAGACCCGUUACACUCCACAAUUCGGAAGUUUUGGGAAUUAGAGGAGGUAGACGUGCCGUCUGUACUCAGCCCCGAGGACAAAAUGUCUGAGGAGUUUUAUACCAGUACUACCACACGAGAUAGUGACGGACGAUACGUGGUGGCUUUGCCCUUUAAAGAUGAUGUUAACACUCUCGGUAAUUCGCGUCAAGCAAGUGAAAAUCGAUUUUACUGCUUAGAAAGAAAGAUGCAAGCUUCUCCGCAGCUAAAAUUAGCGUACGACAACAUCAUUCUCGAAUAUUUAGAGAAGAACUAUCUCUCAGCUGUAGAUUGUGACAGUUCAGAUAUUUCUUAUUUUAUUCCGCAUCAUGGUGUAAUCAGACAAGAUAAGGUCACAACCAAAUUAAAAGUCGUACUCGAUGGUAGUUGUAAGACUACUACUAAUGUUUUGCUCAAUGAUCUGUUAUAUCGUGGACAAAAUUUCCAAGGAAAUUUAUUUAAUAUUAUUAUUAAUUUUCGUUUGUUUCCGGUUGCCCUUUCCGCUGACAUUCGUCAGAUGUUUCUGAGUAUUGGAGUCAGAGAAUCUGACAGGCGUUUUCAACGCAUUCUAUAUCGUUUUUCUCCUCAACAACCAUUACAAGUUUACGAAUUUAAUCGUGUAGUUUUCGGGCUUAAGUCUAGUCCUUUUCAUGCGUUGCGUACUAUUAAACAGCUGGCAGCUGAUGAAGGUGUCGCUUACCCGCGGGCCAGAGAAAUUAUUGAUACUAGCCUAUAUAUGGACGAUUUUGUUUAUUCAAUUCCAACUGAAGACAUCGGCAUAUCGACCGCUUCUGAUAUGAUAGGUCUCAUGAAGGCCGGUCAGUUCGAGCUGGUGAAGUGGACGAGUAACUCACAAGUAGUGUUAGAUUCGAUCCCGCCGUCGCAUCGCCUGCCAGGUGUCAAGGAGUUCGAUGAGUCGAACCAGCAUAAAGUACUCGGCUUGUGUUGGUCUCCUACGUCGGAUAGUUUUUGUAUAAAAAUUUACACUCCGAUUGAAAUUUGUACUAAACGUACAAUACUGUCAUGUGUUGCUAAAAUAUGGGACGUCAUGGGAUUUGUCGCACCGGUCGUCCUGUUCGUUAAACUUAUUAUUAAGCAGUUGUGGCUGAGCAAUUGUGACUGGGAUGACACUCCAUCCGAAGAUAUAGUAAAAAUGUGGAGCCGAUUCAAAGAAGAACUUCCUUUGCUUUCUCAUAUAAAGAUCCCACGUCACGUAGGUAUGAACGUCGACAGCAUCGUGACUAUCUUAGGUUUCGCGGACGCCAGUGAGAAAGCAUAUGGGGGGGUGAUAUAUUUUCACGUUCAAAAUAACAAUGAUAGUACAAUACGUUUGAUAACAGCAAAAUCAAAGGUUUCUCCUAAAAAGGUUGUGUCGCUCGCCAGACUUGAGCUUUGCGCGAUUCUCAUACUCGCUCAGCUCAUAAAAAAUGUAGUAGUCGCUUGUCAAAAUCGCAUUGUUUUUCGCAAUAUAUUCGCGUUUUCAGACUCAACAGUCGCACUUUGUUGGACACAUUCAUCGCCUCAUCGAUGGAGCACCUUUGUGGCUAACAGAGUGACGAAGAUACAAAGCUAUUUAUCUCCACAAAAUCUAUAUCACGUGUCUGGUAAAGACAAUCCCGCUGAUUGUUUGUCGCGUGGCCUCACUCCUUCCCAAAUAAUUAAUCACCCGCUUUGGUUUAGUGGCCCCUUUUGGGCACAUUUGGAUGUCGCGCAGUGGCCUGCUGUUCCUUUUAAUCCUUCCGUAGAGCCGGAGCCGCCGGAAGAAAAGAAACAGACUUUUCUCGCCGCUACUUUAAAUGAAAAAUCUCCUAUAUUAUCACUAGGAAAUCGUAUCUCAUCUUGGUCUAAACUAUUGCGCAGUGUAGUUUUCGUUUGUCGAUUUGUAAAAUUGUUACCUCACAGAUAUCGCAUGUCAGCAUCGGAUUAUGAGUUCGCUGAGUUAUUAAUUCUUCGUGAACUUCAACGGUUUUAUUUUCGCGCUGAGAUCGCGAAGCUCGAGGAAGGUCAAGUUUGUAGCCAUGCAUUUCGACACUUAAAACCAUUUCUUAAAGAUGGACUAAUUAGAGUAGGGGGACGUUUAAGAAACUCUGACUUGAGCUACGACGAGAAAUAUCCCAUUUUGCUUCCGAGAAAAGAUCCGAUCUUGAAUUUACUUGUCGAAUAUCAUCAUAUAUUAAAUUGUCACGCCGGUCCUGACCUGCUGAUGGCGCUCUUACGUCAGAAGUAUUGGAUACUUUCUGCUCGUAAUUUAAUUAGGAAUAGGAUACACAAAUGCAUGCCUUGCUUUCGACUUCGUCCUAAGCCAACAUUCCCUGAAAUGGCGGAUCAUCGUUCUUGUCGUGUCGUUCAAUCCGCUAAACCCUUCAUUCACACGGGUACAGAUUAUGCUGGCCCUUUCAAGGUUACCAUAACACGUGGGCGUGGUAUUCGUUCUACCAAAGCUUACGUGUGUUUAUUUGUUUGCAUGACUACGCGCGCAGUACAUAUAGAACUGGCUGGUGAUUUAAGCACAGCUAGUUUCAUGGGAGCCUUCAAGCGGUUCCUAUCUAGACGAGGCCCGGUGGGUAGAAUUUAUUCGGACAAUGGAACGAAUUAUAUAGGUGCUAAACGCAAGCUUUCAGAACUUCAUGAAUUUCUUAGUUCAAAGUAUCAUAAUACAGAGUUUGGUAACGUCUUAGCUGAAAAUCGCAUUGAUUGGUCCCUAAAUGUACCGACAGCUAGCCAUUUUGGCGGGAAUUGGGAGGCUAAUAUCAAAAGCUUAAAGUCACAUCUAUAUCGCGUUAUAGGUGAUACAAUUCUUUCGUUUGAAGAGCUAUGUACUGUUCUCAGUCAGAUCGAAUCGGUAAUGAAUACACGACCUUUAUGUGGAACACUCUCUAGUGAUCCUUCAGAACCGCUUGCCUUAACUCCUGCGCAUUUUUUGAAUCUCACGCCUUUGAAAUGCUUGCCUGCGGAAGAAAUCGAUGAAAAUUUAACUACUCUUGCUAGACACGAUUUGCUAGACAAAUUAGUUCAAUCGUUUUGGAAGCGCUGGAGACGGGAAUACCUUCAUACGUUGCAAUCACGCCGCAAAUGGAACACGCCGGUCGAUCCAGUCGUCGUCGGCUCGGUGGUGAUUCUGAUUAACGAUAAUUCGCCUCCUCUACACUGGCCUUUGGGUGUCGUGGAAGAAGUGUUUCCGGACUCUACGGGAGUUACACGCAUUGCACGGGUUAAGACAGCGAUCGGAUCGUAUUUGCGUCCCGUGGUGCGACUCUGCCCACUACCCAACCAGUAGCACAUUUAGAUUUUUCAUAUUAUUUAGGUUAGUUGUAUAUAGAUAUAGUAUAAAUUCUUAAUUCUUGUAGGAACAUAGCGUAAUAGUAGAUAAACGUAGCGUACUUAUUUGAAUUUAUUGUUAUUCGUUUGUUAGAUAAUACACUUUUUAGUUUUUUAGUUAGAUAAUACACGUUUUAGUUAGAUAAUACUUUGAAGGCGUCCCUUCAAGCCCGGGGGAAUGGUUGCGCUGGUUUAAAACUUAGUUAGUUUUAGGUUUCGAAAAAUAGCAACAUUUUAAUUUGGUUUUGCAAAUCCUGUCCCAUCCCUCUCCGGCACUUUACCUACGGACGCGUGCGAGCGAGAUCGUGUGGUGACAUCGAGACGAAAAAAUAUGGCUGAACAACCGCGCGCGCGCUUCGUGUCUUUGUUAUGUUAAAUACGUAAAUAAGUGAAAUCGUUGGUGUUUCUCAUCGCGAAGUGGUACGAGUCUGCAGCAAGGACUACAUAAAG